AUGAAAAUGCAAGCACAAACCUUGUGUAACCUAGAUGAUUUAGCUAAAUUAUUGAUUGUUGAUAAAUUCAUUGAUAAUGUUCGAAAAAUUAAUAGAGAACUAUCUUCAGAAUUUUCUCUUAAGUUAAAAUCGAAAAACCUAGAAAAUUUAUACGUAAAAUACAUACAAACUGGCCAUAUUGAAAAAACAUUAUCUCAAUUAGAAACAAUUGCUACAGAGCUGAAUGAUUUUUAUAUUUGGAACAUCCCUUAUAAAUUUUGGCUGAGAAAUUAUUUCAAGUUAUAUUUGAAAUUUUUCCACCCUGAAUCAACAGUCAAAUUAGAAACUUGCCUGAGAUAUUCAAAAGAAAACUUUAAAGGUGUAAAAGUGACAGCUGCUAAGAAUAUUGAAGCUAAUGCUGUACUAAAAAAUGUUUUUGGCUACUACAAACGCAUUAGUAUUGCAAAGAAAAAAUUAUUAACGGCACAAAAAUUGGACUUUUCACUUUUGACAAAUUCUAGAACGAAUGAUGAAAACAUCUUUUCAGGAUCAAUAGCAUUUGUAAAUCACGAUUGUCAUCCUAAUGUUGAAUACAUUACAGCAGAAAAGCAUUUAGUUUAUUUGAAAAGCCUGACAGAUAUAAAAGAAGGUGAGGAAAUUCUAGUUUAUUAUGGAGAUAAUUACUUCGAAGAGAACAAUAAAAAUUGUGAAUGUGUAACCUAUGUAUUAAAAAAUAAUGAAACAUCUAAUAUAAAUUUGGAAGUAAGUAACAUGGAAAGAAUAACAAAUAACUGUGAAAUAGAGAUAUUAUAA